CCGGGGGAGGAAUGAGAGAGAGGAGGAUGCGAGGGUCACGGGGACAGCCUCCGGGGCGGGGCGCAGUACUGCCUGAGCCUGGGAUGAAGACUGAGGCCGCCUGCGGAGCCGCAGGUGUGUACCCAGUAGAUGUUUUGGAUGAUGACCCUGAUGCGCAUCGGAAAGCGGCCCUGGCUUGCUACGCCUCACUUGGGGAAGGAGCUGGGGCCUCGUCCGAGGUUUUCUGUCUUCCCACUGGGGAGCAGGUGAAACUUGAAGCUUCAUCUGUUUACUUUUGCACUGUGCACCGUGAUGAACCUCAACACAAGAUACUGGUUUUGGUUAAUCCCCAGGACACAAAAACAGUUGUGGCUGUUUACAUAAAGGAAUCCUGGUGGUCCACGGAAGAUGCAAUAAGAACCUCUGAUCCGGCAAGAGAAGGGCUGUUGAAGGUUCAGUCAUUUGGGGAAAGGAUUGUGCUUUUCAUUCUAAACGUCAUUAUUUUUGGAAGAUUGGAGAGAAAUCUGGAUGACGAUGACAUGUUUUUUCUACCUCACUCCGUGAAGGAGCAAGCCAAAAUCAUGUGGAGACAUGGAGCGGCUGUUGGGUUUUACACAACCAAGAUGAAAGGCAGCCUGUGUGGCAGUGGCACAGGUGUGUGCUACCUGCUACCUGUCUUUGACACCGUGUUUGUCAGGAGGAAACACCGGCGCCAAGGCCUGGGAACGGCCAUGCUGCGGGAUUUCUGUGAGACAUUCCCAGAUGACGAGGCCCUGGGGGUCAGCUGCCCAAUGUCCCCUGCUAUGUACCAAGUCUGUAGGCAGUUCCUGCUGGUCUGUCCAGAAGAGCGAGGGCGUUUGUGGGAGGUGAAGCCCCCAGGGGCCUGGGGCCAGCGCAUCAACAUCUGGCUAAAGGUUCAGCUUCAGCCAAGACUUCCAGACUCACACCCAGGAAAUUCCAAGGAGGAGGACGUCAGCCGUCAUGCGAGGACUUCUUGGAAUGACAGACCCAGACAGUCUGCCCCUGGAGACAGCAGCAAGGAGAGGACGCGUGGAGAAGAGUUGGAACACACAAAGAAUGAUCCAGACCGUGGAGCGGAGGAGGAGGACAUGGGACUGGUGGGGCAGCCACAGGGCAAGCUUGCAAGGCCCAGUCCCUGAUGCCUCUGGAUGCCCAGGAUGCCCACCUGGGCCAGGUCCAGAGGCCUGCCUGGGCUCCCAGGAUUCAGAUCUGAGACUUGUGUGACUGGAACGCACCUUUCCUGGGGAUCUUUGAUGGGCAGAUGACCCCGUGGACUCCAGUUACCUCUGAGGUAGGCUCAGGCUCUAGAACGCCUGAGAACGUGCUGCGCUCAGUGUACGACACUAUGCAACAGCAGGGAGAUAGUUCCCCAAGUUAAUGGUUGACAGUUCCUACAAAUUUCAGCAGCUGACUUGUUAAACCUAAUAUGGUUCCUGUUUCUCAGGAUAAAUUGGUGGGACUUCACUGGAACCACAGGGAUGUUUUACUGAAAGUACCUUUUUCCUUUUAGAAGUUUAAAGACGCUCCGGAAGGGGCCACACCCAUUUCAUCUAGGCUGCGGAAACCUAUUGCGGUUUUGUGUAUGCCAGCCCUGCCAUUGCUGUGAGAUCACGGACACCAAAGAGGUUUCCAGGGAGAUACAUGUCCUUUCCAGGGAGGCUUCAGCCACAUCAGAAGUGCCUUGAGGGCAGGGGCAGGGGCUGGAUGGUGUCUACGGCAGGCCUGGAGCUUCCUUCUGGACUGGUAUACAGGAGGUGCUCAGAGAGGGCUCUGCACAGCCUUCAGCCAUCAGCUUAGCUGGGAAGCAUUGGCAGGAAUUUGGGCAGAUGGUGCUUCUAGCAGAUUGGUAGCCUUAAGCAGAAAGGCUUGUGGUAGUAAAAGUAACUAAAAAUGACAACCUGGCUCAGAUGUGACAUUGGCUUCCCUCUUCUCAAAUGCUGAUGGAGCCCUGUUUGGUGGCUUGCGCUCGUCACUCUGGGAAUGCAGAGACAAGGACCUGCUUUCAGGCCCUAGCGCCCACAGGCUAGGCAGAGCUGUCCCAGGGCCGCCAGCCCUCCACAAGGGUGGGGCGCAAGUCCAGUUUCCUUUAGGGAACCCAGAGCCUGCUCCCCUAGAGCUAGGGCGGUGCUUUCUCUGCAACUGGCCCAGGCUUGCUGAUUUCAGUAGGAUUUUUUCCCAGAGAAAGCUGGUCAGGACAUUUUGAGGCAGAUGACCCAAGUUCUUGCCCCUGCUUUUGGGCAAAGGCAGAUCUGAUCCCAUUGCCGAGGACAUCCCCAAACCCACCUGUGCUCAUGACUGACUUUGUAGAAGCCAGGGGCCUGCUACCAGGGGCCCUGCUACCUCUGCUCCUUGCUGUUGGAGAUCAGCCGCAGGGUCAGCCCUGGGCUGCCUGAUUACCUCUCACAUUUCCAGUGCUACCUCAGAGCUGGCCCUCAGAAACUGUGGGGAAUGAAGGGUGACAGGUCACCUUGAGAGUGAGAGCCACACCUUUCCUCUCUUCUUUUGCUGCUGGAUUUUGGACAUAUUGACAGAGGAACAGGGUUUUACCUUUUUAGGGAUGUAAUAAAGGCCCUCCUGGAGCCUGAUGAGACCACCAGCAGUCCCAAGUUCUGGGAAUACAUCAGCUGUUCCCCUGAGCAGUCAAAGGACACACACGACCUUUUAUUCAUCCAUGCACCCAGCUGUCUGUCCAUCUGUCCGUCCAUCCAUCCAUCCAACCAUUUUGUUGUACAUCAGACAUUCAGCAUGCUUUCUCAGGGACAUGCUGUGUGAGGGGCACAGGAGAUAUAAGUGAGGUGUGGUUAUUGGCCUCAGGAAAGUCUCUUCUUUUUGGAGGAGUCUCUUCUGGAGUGUUCUACUGGAGUUUUCAUCUCUCUUGCACCCAUUACAAAGACGGAGGGUCCAAUUGACUAGAAAUAGAGUUUAGAGCUUCAUCUGAAGACAUCAUGAAGCCUGGCCCCCGCCCUGCCCCUUACACAUGGGCUCUCUGUGCAGGCGGCACAGACUAUAAAAGUGGAGUUAAGUCUGCAGCCUACAGGAUGCCCUGUGUGUGGUGUCAGACGUAAUCUCUUUCACAUGGGACGUGUGUGCUGUGAGCAUUGUGCUAUUUGAGACGAAUGGUUAGUAUUUUGUGUUUACAUGAAAAUAAAUGUUUAUAGAUG